AGCCCUCAUGGGAUAACACAGCUGGGGCUGGGGGCGAAGGGGCUGCCCAGGUAGGGGCGGCCCCUCACCCCCGCCCCGCCCCGGGGCUGUGCCGCCCCCGGCCCCGCCGGAUAAAGCAGCGGAGGAGCAGCCCCCGUGCUCCCUGCCGCCUCCCGGUGCUCCCUGCCCGCUCCCUAUUCCCGGGUUUUUCCCCCCUCGCUCCCGAAACGUCCCGAGGAUGCUGCGCCGCCGCGGAGCCUUCACGGUGCAGCCGCUCCGUGCUGACCCCGGUGAGUCGGUGGCCCCUGGGCUGGGGGUUCCCUCGGGGUCCCAGCCUGCGAGGAUCAUGCUGGAGGGGAUCCUCAGGGAUCUCUGCUUUGAGGUGUCUGUGCUGGAGAGGGAACCUGGGGUCCUUGGAACCCCAGUUUGUGUUUGGGCUUGAGAAGGAGCCCAGGGGUUCACCGGAACCCCCAGUUUGUGCUAAAGGGGGUCCCUGCAGCCCUGGUUUCCAUCCACUCCCUGUUGGGAGGGGCCCACGUACCGGCUGCGCUGGGAAUUCAGGUUUUCCCUUCCCAUGUUUGGGCUGACGGGCCGGUGCCUGUCCCCAAAUGCGGCGUGGGGGUCUCCAAAACCCAGGGCCCACCUCCGAGUGUGCCACAGCCCAGCUGUGCCGGGACCCCUCCAGCAGCAACAUCUGGGAGGUAUCCAGGGCUGAGCUGGAGCUGCCAAGGCGGGGGGCACCCCCGGGAGGAGCUGAUGGGGACCCCCACGCCCCUUCUCGCCCUGCCGGUGCCCCCCACGCCCGUGGGGCUGCGGUGACACCCCCGUGGUGGCGGGGGAAGCGGCCCCUUGGCACGUGGGGUCCCGGAGCCUGUGGAAUCGCGGCGUGUGGGAAGGGGGAUGCUGGCAGCGGCCACGGAGCUGCGGUGGAGGGGCUGCCCCCCGGAAUUCCUGGGAUUCAAUCCUGCUGGGGCGGGCGGGCUGCUCCCCGGCAUUGCUGCGCUUCAAUCCCACUGAGCGGCCGGAUUGUCCCGGGGCUGGCCGCGACUUCCCGGCUCCCCUCGGCUUCUCCAGCCCCCGAGGGAUGCACGGUGAGUGCCGUGGCUGCAGGAGGGGCAGGAAUUUGGGAGCACCGAGACCCCCGAGCGGUGAAUUCAGCCCACGCUGGAGCCCUGAGGCCCGUCGCCGGCUGGGGUGGCAAUAAAAGGGAGCGCCGGGACGCGCGCCCGGCACUCGGCUCUGGCUCUCGGCGAUGUGGGGUGGCUCCCGCGCCGUCUGGAAGAGGAGGUUCAGCUGCUGUGAAUGGUCCCUGGGAGUCGGCCGAGAGCUGCAUCGUGCGCACCUCCGCCAGCGUCUACCGCCGGCUGCAGGAGAGCCCGCGGCAGCCCCCGCGGGGCAUGAGCACCCGGGGACCCCCCCCGCCGCCAGCGCAGCCCCCCAGCAGCCCCCCGGCCGGCGGGAGGUUCCUCAAGUCCGAGUCCGAGGAUUCCGGCGUGGAGAUGGCCAGCAGCGAGCACUCGCCCCGCGCCCUGCUGUGCUCCGAGAGCCACUUCUCCCUGGACAGUUUCCCGGCGGAGGAGAAGCCCCCCGGAGAGGAGCCCCCCCGGACCCCCCGGAGCCGCUCGGCCAGCAGGAGGCUGCUGCAGGCAGCGCAGCGGAGCAGGAGGCAGCGCUGCCCUCGCCAGCUCAGCCGGCGCAGCGCCAGCGCCGCCGACCUGGCAGAGCCCCCGCGGGACCCCCAGGAGGCCGAGGGAGCGGCGGGGGCGACUCGGCCCCCUCGGGACCCCCGGGCCAUGCCCGAGGCCGCGGUGUCGGGACAGGGGCUGCGCUACCUGGAGCACGUGUGCCAGAUGCUGGAGCGCCUGGCGCGGCUGCAGCAGGACAACCGCGCCCUCCGGCAGCAGGCGGCCGGAGCCCGCUGCGCCCGCCCGGCCACGCUGCCCAGCCGGCAGCCUCCGAGUCAGGAUUUGGGCACCUGGAGGGGUGAGGGGUUCCGGCCGCGCUCCUGCUCGGACAGCCAGGCUCCAGCAGCCGACCCCGGGCCGUGCCGGAGGUUGUGGGGACACUCGGUCAGCUCCCCCAGCCUGCUGGACCCCGCCGAAGGCGGGCCGGGUGUCCCGGCACCGGACAAGGACGGGCGCUCGCACUGGGGCCGGGUGAAGGUGCUGCUCACCCGCCUGACCCGCCGCUCCCUGCGCGGUGGCCGCUGCAGGUAGGACGGGGGGUCCCGCUCCCACCGCCACACCUGGAUGGAGGAACUGCGUCACACCUCACCCCAUGACGUCACGCCAGCCCGGGGCCGGUCCCCGGCCUGGCGCACCCCCUUCACCUUUUUUUUUUUUACCCUAAUAAAGUCUUUUCACCAAUAAAGAGGCGGCUCUGAGCGAGGUGUUUCCUGUCGCGCCGUGACGUCACACCCCUAAACCCGGCGUGACGUCAUGAGAGGGCGCGUCACUGCCGCAUCACUUCCGACGGCUUUCCCGCCCCUUUUGUCCCACCGGGCCCGGGCCCACGGACGGUCCAAGCGGCUGCCGAGCCUCCGAACUUGUCCUUCCCCCGGAGCCCCCCGGGGGUUGGUGGGGAGGAGGGGGCGCCGGGGGUCCCCGCCGAGGCGGGAUGAUGCUCCCGGGAGCAUCGCGGCUCUCUCGCGGGGGGCUCCCCACUUUGGGGGGUGGGUGAGGAGGGGGCUCGAUGCUGUUUCGGCGCUGCCGGAGCCCCUCCUGCUGUCGCCAGCUCCGCGCGGGACGGGCCGGUGCCGCAGGUGAGGAAGAUGCUGCCCCGAGCCGCCGCCAGGCGCUCUCCCGUCAGGUAUCCCGUUAUCCCUCCCUUUCCCCCCUUUCCUGCUGAUGUCCUACCGUCACUUGGGGUUUUUUCCUUCCCAGCGCCUCCCGGCACCGCUCCCACCCUGGGGACACCCCCGGAGCCGCAGCGUCCCGCGUCCCACCGCUCCUUCCCGGGAACCGUGAGUGCCUGUCCCCGCCGUGCCCACCCUCAUGGCAGGGCCUGGGGGCACAGGGGGUCCCUGGCAGUGCCCCCCGGCUGGCUCACAGCCUGAGCGGGGGUGCUGAAGGGUUUUUGGAGCACAGCUAGGGGGGGCAGUG